CAUGGGCAGGAGGGGGAUAGACCUGCAGGAGGAAACAACAGUUGAGGCUUCAAUUUAAAGACAAUAUGUCUUUCACUGCAGCAGUGCCCCCUCCUUCUCUUUUGGUUAAAAGACAGCAUUACCAUCCCCAGGAAGAUUUCUUUGUUUAGUUAGAUUAAGAACUGACAUGAACGUGGAAUAACAGAGGCUUCUAUUUGUGUCCAUGGUUUGCAGGUGCAAAAAUCCCAAACCAGUUCAGAUGUUGCUGUUUCAUCCAUUUGCAGAUCUAUGGAAAUGCAGGAUCUAGCCAGCCCGCAUAGCCGUCUAAGUGGUAGUAGUGAAUCUCCCAAUGGUCCAAAACUUGACAAUUCUCACAUAAAUAAUAAUUCCAUGACACCAAAUGGCACAGAAGGUGACAUGACUCUGCUCAGCACUGCAGACUGGUUGUUAAAUACUAAUGCACAGACCACUGCAGGUUUGUGUAGCCAUUUUAAAACAGAGCCAAUGAGCAGCAGUGAGAUUGCUACUACAACAGCAGAAGGUUCUUUAGACACUUUCUCAGGAUCAGCAAUUGGAAGCAGUGGCUUCAGCCCAAGACAAACUCACCCAUUUUCCCCGCCGCAGAUAUACCCUUCCAACAGACCAUACCCACAUAUUCUUCCUACUCCUUCUUCACAAACUAUGGCUGCGUAUGGGCAGACGCAGUUUACAACAGGGAUGCAACAAGCCACUGCUUAUUCAACAUACCCACAGCCUGGUCAGCCCUAUGGAAUCCCAUCAUAUGGUGCAUUGUGGGCAGGCAUCAAGACAGAAGGUGGAUUGUCACAAACACAGUCACCUGGACAGACAGGCUUUCUGAGUUAUGGUGCAAGCUUUAGCACUCCCCAGCCGGGACAGGCUCCAUACAGUUACCAGAUGCAAGGGAGUAGUUUCACAACAUCAUCUGGAAUAUAUGCUGGAAAUAAUUCACUUACAAAUUCUACUGGGUUUAAUAGUUCACAACAGGAAUAUCCAUCUUACCCCAGCUUUGGCCAGGGUCAAUAUGCACAGUAUUAUAACAGUUCUCCAUAUCCUUCACAUUAUAUGACAAGCAGCAACACCAGUCCAACAACCCCUUCAUCCAAUGCGACAUACCAGCUUCAAGAACCCCCAUCUGGCAUCACAAGUCAAGCAGUUACAGAUCCUAUGGCAGCUGAGUACAGUACAAUCCACAGCCCAACAACGCCCAUUAAAGAUUCAGAAGCAGACAGGUUGCGUCGCAGCUCAGAUGGCAAAUCACGUGGCCGAGGCAGAAGGAAUAAUAAUCCUUCACCACCACCUGACUCUGACCUGGAGAGAGUAUUCAUUUGGGAUUUGGAUGAGACAAUCAUCAUUUUCCAUUCACUGCUUACAGGAUCCUAUGCUAACAGAUAUGGGAGAGACCCACCUACUUCUGUUUCACUGGGACUGAGGAUGGAGGAGAUGAUUUUCAACUUGGCAGAUACACAUCUAUUCUUUAAUGAUUUAGAAGAGUGUGACCAAGUUCAUAUUGAUGAUGUUUCAUCAGAUGACAAUGGUCAGGACUUAAGCACCUAUAACUUCGGAACAGAUGGCUUCCCUGCAGCAGCGACCAGUGCUAAUUUAUGCUUAGCGACGGGUGUGCGUGGAGGAGUUGACUGGAUGAGAAAACUGGCCUUCCGAUACAGACGAGUAAAAGAAAUCUACAACACCUACAAAAAUAAUGUUGGAGGUCUUCUGGGUCCAGCUAAAAGAGAAGCUUGGCUGCAACUGAGAGCAGAGAUUGAAGCUCUUACAGAUUCUUGGUUAACACUUGCACUGAAAGCACUCACACUGAUUCACUCUAGGACAAAUUGUGUGAAUAUUCUAGUGACAACUACUCAGCUUAUUCCAGCUCUUGCAAAAGUCUUGCUAUAUGGCUUAGGUGUAGUAUUUCCAAUAGAAAAUAUUUACAGUGCAACAAAAAUAGGAAAAGAAAGCUGCUUUGAGCGCAUAAUUCAAAGAUUUGGAAGAAAAGUAGUAUAUGUUGUUAUAGGAGAUGGUGCGGAAGAAGAACAAGGAGCAAAGAAGCAUGCCAUGCCGUUUUGGAGGAUCACAAGCCACUCUGACCUUAUGGCUCUUCAUCAUGCCUUGGAACUGGAGUACUUAUAGUAGCACUUUGUAACCCCAGAACUUCCCUCAAGCCCAUGAACAGUGUGCCUGUGUCUUGUGUCAGCACUGGGCUACAGAACUUGGUGAUUUCAUCAUGUUGAUGUACAGCUGCAACUGGUCUUAACCUUUGCCCUUCCAGUAAAUGGAGGAGCAUGUCUCUUUCUUCAGAAACAGCUGUUGAUUCUAGUACUGUGAAUCCAAUGAAAACAAGCCAUGAUGAGAAUGUUUUAACAAUGUGUCCUUACCACAUUCGCUACAUUGAAAGGUUCAUACCUGUGAAGAGACUGGGAAGUGCUUUGUGGUUUCUAGAAUCUUCACACCUUCUUAAAUACAGCAAACUUGAUUGCACAACAAAGACUGAGCUUUUUUAAAAAAAAAAAAAUCCCAUGGAUACAUUUCUUUAAAAGGUUUACUUUGUUUUUGUUUUUAGUUUCUCAGAGCCAGGGUACUGUGUAAAGCUUUACUUAUUUAUGAACAGACUCUGUUUUGACAUCAUCACCUAAAUGUGGAUAUGUAUAAUAAAUUAAAGGCUAUAACGAGUCUUGGCCUUCUGAUAACAAAAUUGAUUUUGAUUUUAGCACAUUGCAAAGUAGUUUAAAGUAUGUCUAAUUUAAGCAAAUAGGUACAUCACUGAGACAAUCGUGUACAGGAAGAAUGUUUUUGUGUAAAUUUGUAAUGAAUAGAUGAUGUUUUACAUAUUGUUUAGGCAAAUACUAUUGAAAGGUAGUAAUGGCUUUUUGGUGAAGUAUGAGGCAGUAUGUGCACAAACUGUUGUGCUGUGCCUUAUGAAAGUAUUGUGUAUAAAUAUGUAGAUAUGGAAUUUUUAUAGAUCAAUUUGUCAAGACCAAAAGCAUGGAUGUCAAGUGUCAAUAAGGAAUCACUUUUUAAUCUUUCUGUUCUUUCUUCUAGAUUUUUUCCCUUGACAAAUCUAUUAUAUCAAAACACCAGUUAUACCUCCCCUCCUUGCGCCCUGCCCAUCAUGGGCUGGCUUUUCGUUUACAUUUUGUACUUGAAUAAAUAGGUCCAAGUACAAAAUAUACAUAACUCACAUCAGAUGAAAGUGGUUUACAUGUUAAAUUGCAACUUUUCUUGGAGAAAUACAUACAGAUGUAAAGCUUGACCUAUCACUGUUUCAAUGUGCUUUGCCAAGAAAAGCAGCAAUUUAAAUAUACAUGUGUAUUCUCAACUGAUACAAAGCACGUGUAUUAGUACGCACCUGAAAAUAAAGAGCAAUACUUUGCUCUUUUCAUUUCAUCAGGUUGGAUCCAGAAUUAGUUUCCUGCAGGUGGAAGGGCUCUUUCCAUAAACGGAAAGCUUCUGUUACAGCAAAGGAACCUCACAGGCAAAAUGGGGAAGAGAUGAUUUUCAUUGAUUUCCUCCCUUGCCUUGGAGCCCCCAUGUCCCCCAAAUCUGCUCUGGAUUUUUGUGGGAUCCUUCAGAACAGUUGGGGAGGUGGGUUUCAGGGGGAAUCAGAAAGCGACAAAAAUUAUCUCCCCCAGCCCUUAUUUUUCUGCUUGCAGGAGAGUUCUGACUAGAAACUUGGUCAGGAGGUGCUACUGCUAGUGGAAGAACACUGGAUUAAACCCAUUGGCCUGGUUUGCAUGUUCACUGCAGCCCAUUGCAGCGUAUUUAAGGUACAGUUGGUUGCAGUAUAGGCUGUUGGCCAUUGUAAAUAUUCAAGCCAUAGCAGCUGAGUGUUGCAGCUUUCUAUACUGUCCAAACCCAGCACAGGGCGCAUUGUUGCUGUGGUUAACAAACCAGUCCCAAACCAAAAGCAGUCCAUGGGUUGGGGGUGGUUUGUUAAUCAUGACAGGAAUCCAUCCUUUCCAGGUUUGGAUGUAACAAUAAGCUGCAGUCUCUCCCCAGCACGGUUUGAAUAUUGACAAGGACAACAGGCACAUGUUGCACAGGUACCACGGUGAGCUGCAGCUAUUGUGCAAUCCAGCCCAUUGUCUUUAGUGCUAAAUAUUGAAUGUGGGAGAAGGAAAUAAUUAUUAAUUAUUUCCAAAAGUAGAUGACUGGUCAAAUAAAGCAAAACCAAAUCAAAAUACCCUAUUUUAUACAAUGUAUCUUGAUAUAAUAAAAUAAUAAAACGAGCUGUUUAUGCACUCAAACACUGAAAAUGAAAGCAACCACUUUAUCCUAACAUACAAAAAGAGAGCUUUUUUUCUGUGGUCCAAUUAAUGCAUAUUAACUAUGGAUCACCUGAAACUAUUAUUGCUGUCUUGCUCCCACUCCCCUCAGAAAGUAUUCAAUUUCUUGUAAAAAUAGUAAAACACUAAUUCUCACACUGACAUCUGCUGAGAAAAGGACAGAAUUAAAAGUUUGUGAUGACCAGGUCUGAAGCAAAUUAAUGUAACCCUGUAGUAACACAGGGAAAUUUUAUGUGAAAGAGUGGAACAUGAUGGUAAAUGUAGUGUUGCAUCAACUGCUGAAGCAGUCCAUGGGCUUUUCUACAUGAAGCAUUUACCCUGCCCUUCUCAUUCCCUAUUCAUGGUUGCUUAUGGGUUCUUCAGAUGAUGUCGUGACCCUUCAGUUUCAUCUCUGUGUCUAACCAGCACUUUUGGCAAGGUUUUUUUUUAGAGGAGGGGAAAUGUGGCAUUUAAUAGUGAAGGUGAAAGAAAACACAAUUUCCUCUUGUGUAUUUGCGCUAUUCUUUUAUACCACAUGCCACCUAGAGGUUAUAUAGUGGAAAAGCAGAAAAGGAAACACUCCUAAUGUAGUGCUCAGAUCUCAACUCUGCUACGAAACUGAAAAUAGAUACAGUAGAUCAACAGCUGAUUAACAACCUUGUGUAGAAAAGCUCCAUAUCUCUGAAAUCUCUUCUACUUUUGGUAGCACAUUGAAUUUUGAAACCAUAGUACAUCACAUUAUUAAAGAAAUACCCAUUUCUUAAAACCUCCAAACUUUGGGAAAAUGUGUGAGCAUUUUGAAAUAAUUUUCUUUUAUUUAUAAACCCACAAUCUGGUAUGAAAUUAGAAAAUGGCAAAUGUCUGGUGUAUCCUUAAUUUUAACUUUCUCACACCAGUAACCCCAGUUUUCUAUUGGUCCAUUGCUGGCAAUGGGCACAGUAAAAUAGUUAUUGCCAAUUUUGUUUAGACUGUUUAUAACUAGCUUAUACUGCAUUUGAACCAUACCCAUCUUCUGUAAAUAUGAAGAUCAUGAACAAUGUAGGCAGUUUUAUUCGGGGCUUUCUUAACUAUGGUUAACGCACACACACACACAUCCUCUCUCUUCCCCAGAGAUAUUUCUUUCCUCCUGCCAUAACCG